UGUAGAGGAGAAAAUUAUAUACGUAAACCUAAAGACAGAAAGAGUAGCAUUGAUCCGAAACUCCACCGUCUCAAGUAGCAUUGAUUUUUUUUCUUUUCUUAUCUAUAAGAACACUGCUGUACGCGAUUUUCACCAUUGCUCGCUCUGAGGCGAGAGAUCAAGCAGCGGUGGCGAUUCACCCAGGUCUAUCAUCUUAUUGAUGUUGCAAAUGGAAGUGAAAUUCCAAAGUUAACCUCUGGCUUAGAUAGUAAACUGCUUUAGGUCCACGCUCCUUUGUCACCAUCAGUGUAGCUUUUCUCUCACUAACGUGCUACCGCCUCUUCUCUUUCGGCACCGCUCAUCAUUUUCCGGUUAUUCUUAUUCAUCUCAAUUUUAGAUCUAGCAUUACCGUCGCACUUCACCUAUAUGCUAUGUUUAUAUUUAUAUUUAUUGUUAUUACUAUUUGUGUUUAUUGGAAAUCUAUUUUUUUAAAACAGAAACAACAAUCUCAGUUCUUAGCUUUUAUGUUAAUCCCUUUUUACACUCUGCUUUUUUAGAUUAGAGAUUCAAUUAUUUAGUUAAUCUGCAGCAAAAAAAUGUUCAAGGUUCCAAAACACCAAGUUGCAGGACAUCAAGCCAAAGAUGGUAGACUAGGCCCUCUAAUAGAUGAUUCUGGAAAGUUCUACAAGCCUCUACAAAGUGAUGAACGCGGUUCCAAUGAAGUUGCUUUUUACACUUCUCUUUUUUCUGAUUCCAGGAUUCCUGAAAAAAUUCUCAGAUUCUUCCCAUUUUUUCAUGGUACUAAGCUUGUGAAUGCAUCAAAUGGUUCUGGGUUACACCCACAUCUUGUGUUGGAAGAUGUUGUGUCCAAUUACACAAACCCAUCAGUAAUUGAUAUUAAGAUUGGUUCAAGAACUUGGCACCCUCAAGCUUCUGAGGAUUACAUCAACAAGUGCCUUAAAAAGGAUAAGGAAACCUCUAGUAUCCCUUUGGGUUUUAGAAUUUCAGGGUUGAAGUUUGUGGGGUCCUCCAAACAAGACUCUUCUUCCUCUUUGUGCUGGCAACCUGUGAGGAAGUCUCUUCAGAACCUAUCUGCUGAGGAAGUUAAAUUGGUUUUGAGGAAGUUUGUUUCUUCUAAUAGUAAUGUUACUGAUUGUGUUUUUGGGGCUAAGGUUUUUGGGGAGAUUUUGGAACAGUUGUUGGAGCUUAAGCAGUGGUUUGAGGUUCAGACUAUUUUCCAUUUCUAUUCUUGUUCUGUUCUCAUGGUGUAUGAGAAGGAAGAGGAGAGUGUGGUGAAAGGAAAGAAUUCAGGUGCUCUAGUUAAGCUUGUUGACUUUGCACAUGUGGUGGAUGCAAAGGGUGCCAUUGAUCAUAACUUCUUGGGUGGCCUUUGUUCUUUGAUUAAGUUCAUUUCAGAUAUCCUAGCUGGUCUAGAUGAUAACAGCGUUUCUAAAGAUGAACACUGAGAGAGACUACUUGGCACCUGGGAGGAUUUUGGGAUUCCUAAAUUUUUUUGUUGCAAUAGAGGAUUUUGCAUUGUUACUAAACUUCAACCUCCUUUAUUUUUUCAAAGCUGUGAAAGAAAGUUGAAAAGCUUCUUCUUUUUAUUUCCAGAAUAACUUAAUCCAAACACAUGAUCACUACUGCCUUUGCUAUUCUCUAUUGCAUUCCUUGCCAAUGAAUCGUGAAAUGGGAAUGUGUUUAUCUUGUGGACAGUUCAUCCCUGAUGUUGUAAUUUCUUUUUAACUUAUGAUGGGGUCCAAUGUUAAGCAACUACUUCCCAUCUUCUAAUUCUUGUUGCAGAUGAACUUAAAUUUCUUGCUAAUGACUUAAAGCUU